CAGUCCCUGGUCCCGGUGGGGGUCCCGGUGCCAGCCGCCCCCAGCAUGGCCGUGCCGGGGGUCCCUGGUGGGCUGAUGGGCUCGGGGGUUUUGGGGGGGUCCCGGUGCCAGCCUCCCCCCAGCAUGGCUGUGCGGGGGGGGGUCCCGGGGGUGUGUGGGGUCCCGGUGCCAGCCUCCCCCCAGCAUGGCGCAGCAGCUGAUCAGCGGGGCCGGGUACGUGCCCGAGGACGGACUGACGGCCCAGCAGCUCUUCGCCUGUGCCGACGGCCUCACCUACAAGACCUGACGUCGGCACUGACCAGAACCAUCACCCUGAAGACCCCCCUGGUGUCGUCCCCCAUGGACACGGUCACCGAGGGGGACAUGGCCAUCGCCAUGGCUCUGAACGGCGGCAUCGGCAUCAUCCACCACAACUGCACCCCCGAGUUCCAGGCCAGCGAGGUGCGCAAGGUCAAGCGGUUCGAGCAGGGGUUCAUCACGGAGCCGCUGGUGAUGAGCCCGGCGCACACCGUGGGGGACGUGUGGGACGCCAAGGCCCGGCUCGGCUUCUCGGGGGUCCCCGUCACCCACUCGGGCCGCCUGGGGGGGCGGCUCGAGGGCAUCGUCACCUCCCGGGACAUCGACUUCCUGCGGGAGCGGGACAGGGGCACCCCCCUGGCUGAGGUGAUGACCAAGCGCAGGGACCUGGUGGUGGCCCCGGCUGGUGUCACCCUCAAAGAGGCCAAUGAGAUCCUGCAGCGCAGCAAGAAGGGGAAGCUGCCGAUCGUGAACAGCCGGGACGAGCUGGUGGCCCUGAUGGCCCGCACAGACCUGAAGAAGAACCGGGAGCACCCGGCGGCCUCCAAGGACGGGCGGAAGCAGCUCCGGGUCGGCGCCGCCAUCGGCACCCGCGAGGACGACAAGUACCGGCUGGACCUGCUCGUGCAGGCGGGCGCCGACCUCGUGGUGCUGGACUCGUCGCAGGGGAACUCGCGGUACCAGCUCAGCAUGAUCCGCUACAUCAAGGCCAAGUACCCCGAGCUGCAGGUCGUGGGGGGCAACGUGGUGACGGCGGCCCAGGCCAAGAACCUGAUCGACGCGGGGGUGGACGCGCUGCGGGUGGGGAUGGGCAGCGGCUCCAUCUGCAUCACCCAGGAAGUGCUGGCGUGUGGCCGUGCCCAGGCCACGGCCGUGUACCGCGUGGCCGAGUACGCGCGGCGCUUCGGCGUCCCCGUCAUCGCCGACGGCGGCAUCCGCAGCCCCGGGCACGCCGUCAAGGCCCUGGCACUGGGGGCCUCCACCGUGAUGAUGGGGUCCCUGCUGGCGGCCACCACGGAGGCGCCGGGCGAGUUCUUCUACUCGGAGGGGGUGCGGCUGAAGCAGUACCGGGGCAUGGGGUCCCUGGACGCCAUGGAGCAGGGCCCCGGCAGCCAGAAACGCUACUUCAGCGAAGGGGACCCGGUGAAGGUGGCGCAGGGGGUGUCGGGCUCGGUGCAGGACAAGGGCUCCAUCCACAAGUUCGUGCCGUACCUGCUGGCCGGGCUCCAGCACGGCUGCCAGGACCUGGGCGCUCGCAGCCUCUCGGCGCUCAGGUCCAUGAUGUACGCGGGGGAGCUGAAGUUCGAGCGCAGGACAUUGGCGGCGCAGAUCGAGGGGGGGGUGCACGGGCUGCACUCCUUCACGGUCCUGCCAUCCGCUCCCGCCGCCCCGAUGUCCCCGAGGUCCCCCGUGGCGGGGGGGGCCGCCCCCCGCCUUCUGCUGGCCCUGCUCUGCCUGGCCCCCCCCGCCGCCGCCCCCCCGCCCCCCAGCAGCCCCCCCGGGACUGCCCCGGGCCCUCCCGCGCCCCACAGCGACCCCCCCGUCCUCUCCCUCAACCUCGGCCUCAACUUCAAGAUCAAGGUGCGAAGCCAGGGGGGGCCGCGCCCUCCCACGCCCCCGGGGGCCCCCAAGACUCCGGGGUCCCCCCGGACCCCCGCGCCCCCCACCCUGCCCGACCCCGGCGAUGAGCAGGGCUCCGCGACCACCCUGGAAGAAGCGGGGGGCUGGGGGGGCCCCCCUGGCCGGGGGGGUACGACCCCCGCCCCGGGGCGCCCCCGGGACAAGCAGCUGGAGCUGGACAUCGCCAUCGACCUGACGGCGGGGCUGGACCCCCCCGCGGGGCGGGCCGUGCGCCCCACGAGCCUCCUGGGGGGCCCCCCCGGAGCCCCCCGGCUCCUGCCCGGGCUCUCGGAGCUGGCCGGGAGGCUCAGCGCCGCCGGGUUCCUGUUUCCCACCGUGUCCCCCAAGAUCGGCCCCGAGGGGGGCAACGGGUCCCUGGAGCUGGAGGAGCCCGGGAGCGGCGACGAGCCAGCCCUCCCCCGGGGCCGCCAGUCCUCCCGGGGGGCCGCGCCCCCCCCCGCCGCCGCCUCCGCCUGCACCCCCGGAUCCGCCUGCGGCUCGGGGGGGCCGGACCCCCAGAGCCCCCCCGCGCCCGCCUUCUCCUGGCCCCCCCACUUCAUCCCCCUGGACACCCCCUGGCCCGAGGCCGCCGCGCUCUGGGGCGCGGCCUGGGGGGGCCACGUCUACGGGGCGGGGGCCGCCUUCACCUUACUGGGCUUACUGGGCGUACUGGCUCUGCUGGGGGGGCGCCGGCCCCCCCUGGCGCGGGUCCUGGGGGGUCUCCUGGCGGUGUCGGGGUUCGCCCGCGCCUUCCCCCUGUUCUUCGACCCCUACGAGGUGGGGGCGCGGCUGCCCCCCCCCGCCGCGCGGCUCCUCUUCGAGCUGCCCUACCCGUGCCUGGGCUGGGGGCUGGCGCUCGCCCCCCCCGCCAGGGCCGUGCCCGUGCUGGGGGUCCUGGCGGUGCUGCACCUGGGGGGGGCCCUGGGGGCGGUGGGCGCCGUGGCGGCUCUGGGGGGGCCCCCGGCGCUGCUGCUGCUGCCGCGGGCGCUGUUCGGGGCUCUGGCGGCCGCGCUGGCUCUGGGGGCUCUGGGGGGGCUGCGGCGCUGCGGGGGGGGGCCGCGGGAAGCGGGGGGGGGCGCGGACGGGGGUCCCGCGGCUGGUGGGGGCGGCGGGCGCCGCGCUGAGCGCGGGGCUGCAGCUCUUCGGGGCGCUGCAGGUCUGGGGGUGGGGGGUGACCCCCCCCCCGGGGCCCUGGGCCUGGUGGGGGCUCCAGCUCGGGGGGCGCCUGGCCGAGAUCGCCAUGGGGGCGGCGCUGGCGGCCCUGGCGCUCGUGGCCCCCCCGAACCGCCGCGGCACCGCCGGGGACCCCCCGGAGCCCCCCGAGGGCGGCGGGCGGGGGGGGGAGGAGGCGGGGGGACCCCCCGAGUCCCCCUUCGAGUGUGA